AUCAAUUACAAAAUGCGGGUUUUGAGCCCAUUACUGUUGGGGCUUGAGGGAGAGAAACAAACAGGCGAGCUGCAGGAGCGCAUUGGAAGCUUGGGGCUUACUUUUUUACUCCGUAUAUAGGAUUUUCCUUGCGAAUUGACAUAGAAGGAGAAGUUCUCAGGAGCUAUGGGGACCUCCCACCAGGCCUUCCUGGUCCUCAGCUGUCUCCUCACAGGGCCGAGCCUCAUCUUUUGCCAGCUCUUAUUACCCUCCAUCCUCCCAAACGAGAAUGAGAAGGUUGUGCAGCUGAAUUCCUCCUUUUCUCUGAGAUGCUUCGGGGAGAGUGAAGUGAGCUGGCAGCACCCCAUGUCUGAAGAAGAGGACCCCAACGUGGAAAUCAGAAACGAGGAGAAUAACAGCGGCCUCUUUGUGACGGUGCUGGAAGUGGUCAAUGCCUCGGCGGCCCACACCGGAUGGUACACUUGCUAUUACAACCACACUCAGACGGAGGAGAGCGAGAUCGAAGGCAGGCACAUUUACAUCUAUGUUCCAGACCCAGACAUGGCCUUUGUGCCUCUAGGGAUGACAGAUUCUUUAGUCAUCGUGGAAGAGGACGAUUCUGCCAUCAUCCCUUGUCGCACCACAGAUCCGGAGACUCAAGUAACCUUGCACAAUAAUGGUAGGCAGGUGCUGGCCUCUUACGACAGCAGGCAGGGUUUCAACGGGACCUUCAGUGUGGGGCCAUACAUCUGUGAGGCCACUGUCAGAGGAAGGACGUUCAAGACCGGCGAAUUCAACGUUUAUGCUUUGAAAGCAACGUCAGAACUGAAUCUGGAGAUGGAAGCACGCCAAACCGUGUAUAAGUCAGGGGAAACGAUUGUGGUGACCUGUGCUGUCUUUAACAAUGAGGUGGUUGACCUUCAGUGGACGUACCCUGGAGAAGUGAGAAACAAGGGUGUCACCAUGCUGGAGGAGAUCAAACUCCCAUCCAUCAAACUGGUGUACACUUUGACGGUCCCCAAGGCCACGGUGAAAGACAGCGGAGAUUACGAAUGUGCUGCCCGACAGGCCACCAAGGAGGUCAAAGAAAUGAAGAAAGUCACCAUUUCUGUCCACGAGAAAGGUUUUGUGGAGAUCAAGCCCACCUUUGGCCAGAUGGAAACUGUCAACUUGCAUCAGGUCAGAGAGUUCGUGGUGGAGGUGCAGGCCUACCCCACUCCCAGGAUAUCUUGGCUGAAGGACAACUCGACUCUGAUUGAGAAUCUCACUGAGAUCACCACCGACGUGCAGAAGAGCCAGGAAACGAGAUAUCAAAGCAAAUUAAAGUUGAUCCGGGCCAAGGAAGAAGACAGCGGCCAUUACACCAUCAUAGUUCAAAAUGACGACGACGUCAAGAGUUACACGUUUGAGCUGUCAACUCUGGUUCCUGCCUCCAUCCUGGAGCUUGUGGAUGACCACCAUGGCUCUGGUGGGGGACAGACUGUGAGGUGCACAGCGGAAGGGACACCUCUCCCGGACAUCGAGUGGAUGAUCUGCAAGGAUAUUAAGAAAUGCAAUAAUGAUACUUCCUGGACAAGUUUGGCCAGCAAUGUCUCAAACAUCAUCACAGAGUUCCACCGCCGAGGCAGGAGUGCUGUGGAGGGGCGAGUGUCCUUUGCCAAAGUGGAAGAGACCAUCGCAGUUCGAUGCCUGGCAAAGAAUAACCUUGGCACUGGGAACCGAGAGCUGAAGCUGGUGGCUCCCACCCUGCGUUCUGAGCUCACGGUGGCGGCGGCGGUGCUGGUGCUGUUGGUGAUUGUCAUCGUCUCUCUCAUUGUCCUGGUUGUCAUCUGGAAGCAGAAGCCACGCUAUGAGAUUCGCUGGAGAGUCAUUGAGUCUAUCAGCCCCGACGGACAUGAGUAUAUUUACGUGGAUCCGAUGCAGCUGCCUUACGACUCCAGAUGGGAGUUCCCGAGGGAUGGGCUAGUGCUUGGUCGGAUCUUGGGAUCUGGUGCAUUUGGGAAAGUGGUUGAAGGCACAGCCUAUGGAUUAAGCCGGUCCCAGCCUGUUAUGAAAGUCGCUGUCAAGAUGCUUAAACCCACAGCGAGAUCCAGUGAAAAGCAAGCUCUCAUGUCUGAGCUGAAGAUAAUGACCCACUUGGGACCACAUUUGAACAUUGUGAAUUUGCUGGGAGCCUGCACCAAGUCAGGCCCCAUUUACAUCAUCACCGAGUACUGCUUCUAUGGGGAUUUGGUCAACUAUUUGCAUAAGAAUAGAGAUAGCUUCAUGAGCCGUCACCCAGAGAAGCCAAAGAAAGAGCUGGACAUCUUUGGACUGAAUCCCUCUGAUGACAGUACAAGGAGUUACGUGAUUUUAUCUUUUGAAAACAAUGGUGAUUACAUGGACAUGAAACAAGCCGACACCACACAGUAUGUCCCCAUGCUCGAAAGGAAAGAAGUCUCUAAAUACUCCGAUAUCCAGAGAUCGCUGUAUGACCGGCCAGCCUCCUAUAAGAAGAAGUCUAUGCUAGACUCAGAAGUCAAAAACCUCCUUUCGGACGAUGACUCCGAGGGUCUGACUUUGCUGGAUUUAUUGAGCUUCACCUAUCAAGUUGCCCGAGGAAUGGAAUUUUUGGCUUCCAAAAAUUGCGUCCACCGGGACCUGGCUGCCCGCAAUGUCCUUCUGGCACAAGGGAAAAUUGUGAAGAUCUGCGACUUCGGCCUGGCCAGAGACAUCAUGCAUGAUUCCAACUACGUGUCAAAAGGCAGCACUUUCCUGCCUGUGAAGUGGAUGGCUCCUGAAAGCAUCUUCGACAACCUCUACACCACGCUGAGUGACGUCUGGUCUUACGGCAUUCUGCUCUGGGAAAUCUUCUCCCUUGGUGGCACACCCUACCCUGGCAUGAUGGUUGACUCUACUUUCUACAAUAAGAUCAAGAGUGGAUACCGGAUGGCCAAACCUGACCACGCCACCAGCGAAGUCUACGAGAUUAUGGUGCAGUGCUGGAGCAGUGAGCCUGAGAAGAGACCCUCCUUCUACCACCUGAGUGAGAUCGUGGAGAAUCUGCUGCCUGGACAGUAUAAAAAGAGUUACGAGAAGAUUCACCUGGACUUCCUAAAGAGCGACCAUCCGGCUGUGGCCCGCAUGCGCGUGGACUCUGACCAUGCAUACAGUGGUGUCACUUACAAGAAUGAAGAUGACAAGCUGAAGGACUGGGAAGGUGGCCUGGACGAACAGAGGCUGAGUGCAGACAGUGGCUACAUCAUCCCCCUGCCAGACAUUGACCCUGUUCCGGAGGAGGAAGACCUGGGCAAGAGGAAUAGACACAGCUCGCAGACUUCGGAGGAGAGUGCUAUCGAGACAGGUUCCAGUAGUUCCACCUUCGUCAAGAGAGAGGACGAGACCAUCGAGGACAUCGACAUGAUGGACGACAUUGGCAUAGACUCGUCAGACCUGGUGGAGGACAGCUUCCUGUAGCCGGCAGGUUUGGGGGGCUUCUCCUACUCCCGGAGCCUCCUUGGGAUCCCUUUAAGACAACCACUCCGUUGCAAUGCAAAGACUGAGAAGAGGACUUGGGUGAUGUGGAAAGAGAAGGGCCCAGCGAAGGGCCUCAGGGAGCCUCUACGAGGGAAUGGGACACUUGGACCGAAGUUUGUCCGUGUUGCCUCUUGCAAUGCGUCGGUAGCAUCUCAGCGGUGUGUGAGGUUUGGAGAUGGAGGGACAAGGGAAUAACAGGCCACAGAAGACGAGCUUUGUGUUUCCAGGGCACUGGUGAGACUCCCACACACGCAAUCCGUGCUGCAACCCAGCUCCAGCAUUGUACUUAUGUAAAUAACUCUAACAAGGAUGUGUUUAGGUUUGUGUCCACUUUCCUCCCUGGACUUCUGAAGAGACCACUCGAUCCAGCCAUGUACUUCCCUCUCGGAAUCUGGUACCAGCUGCUGUUGAACUUUCUCAUGAAGUACAUGCAAAACCACUUUGAACCUUGAAAGGUACUGGGACCGUCCUGUUUUACUGUCUUGUUAGUGUUAAUGAGGCAAAAGAUGAAAACUAACCGACCUUGAGUAAUAGAUUGGGGUCUUUUAGGAGCCCUAGAACUUCUCCGUAUAUUGUAAUCUAUACUUAUAAUACUACUACUGUUAAUAGGAACGCUAAAUAUGUAACCCAUAACAUGAUUUCCCACCAGAGAAAGCACAAUUAAAACAAAAACCCUUACUAAGUAGGUGACAAGUUUGGCAGUUUUUGACAUUUAUAUUAAGUAACAUGUUUCUCAGUAAAAUAUAAUAGCUUUAGUGGAUUAAAGUUAGCAAGCACUAGAGAGCCGAGUAUAAGUAGUGUCGUCCAGAAGUCUUUGAUACUGUGUACUAAGUAGUGUUCUCCCUAAUCCACGGCACCUAAAAGCAGCUAAUCACCUCUGAAGUAAUGGGAUUAGAAAACAGGCAAAGCGGAAUCCCCACGUCCUAAAUGUUCUCAGUAUAAAGGCUUAAGCCUGGGCCCAGUAUGACUUCUCAUGCUGUGACCCUGUGGAACUGGACAGUCCACAAAAGAACUCAGAUGGGUACAAGUUUCUUUUAUGACUGGUGGUGACUUUGAUGGAUCCCAACCCAUCCCUUCUUUUUAAAUCUAUGACCUUUAAGGAUGCUUCGACAGCAGCACCUCAUUUUCUUUCCUCUCUUGUCUUAAAGAGAAAGAAGCUGGAGAUGCCGAAACCACAAUGGUGCUGUUUGAAUGAAGCUUGUGUGGGCAUUGGCUUAGCUCUUUAGUUCCCACAGUUAACUGCAACUGCAUCCUCCUAGCCAUGGGUUUUCACCCCAGAGAUCUGGAAUUACUGGGUUUUGGGGGGGGGGAGCAGGAACCUAUAUAUACUUGAUAAAUUCCCUUGGUGCUUCUGAUCAACCAGCAUUCAGAAUCACUGGCUUGGGUUACAGAGGGUUUGCCGUGGUGGGGAUUUUGGAAUUUGGAACUGGACUAGAAGUCAACUAUGCAGGCAGGCUACUAUUUAAGCCCUUGGCUUCAUGUCAAUAACAUUUGAUGCCACGUAUGUAGCAAUUCCCAUUCUUAAUUUAAGUUUCCAGGCUUAGCUGAGGCUGAGAAAGCAAAAUCUUGGUUUGGGCGCAUCUGCCAGUUUUAGACAAUGUGGGUACCACUUCCCACUGGGUGGGAACCUGAGCUUGUCCACCUCCAAGCAUGCCCACAGAUGAUGCAACUCUGUUGCCAGGCCUUUGUACAGUUGGCUCCGUAUUUGGUGGAGAAGAUGAAAAAGUU